UUUUAUUUUAUUUUUUUAUUAUAAAUAAUGUAUUAAAUAAGUUUUUAACUUAAUAAAAUACCCGCUUUUUUAGUUUUAUUUUAGUUUUACGUUUUCGAAUGGUUAAUAACUGGGGACACCAUCGAUCAUGGCCGUCGACGCGAAAGGGGCAGCGUUACGGCGAGGCCAGCUAAUCGACCUGACACUCGCCGAUGAGGAGGAAGAGGGGGGAGAAGGAAUUUCCGACGAUUUUAUACCACAGAUACCCCCCAAAGCACCUAGCUUUCCCGCCGGUCCCACCACCACGCCUACCAUACCAAACGCGCAUGCCUUGAGCGUGCGGCCUCCUCCAAUAAAGCAGGAACCCAGGCAAUCCCAGAGCUAUAUUCCACCUCCAUCGACACCGCUUUUAUCAGACUCUACUCCAACCAAUGGUCACUCUACGAAGCGCCGAAAGUUGCAACAUGCCGACGCAAACAAAGCGACAUCCCCCGCCGCCGUGAAAAGGUUGUUGAACAAGUGCUUGGAGAACCAGGUGUUUCCACAUCUCGAGCGUGCUAUCGAGGACUUAGAUACAGAGGUCUACGAUAUCGAUAAGCUUGGGUCAAAGGUCAUUGGGAGGGUUGCGGAUAGCGAGUUCGAGCGCCACUUUAACGAUGGCAAUGGGCGUCUACCUCCCGAGGUUGAGGCGAGCGUUAACGUGCGCGUUCGUGAGCUUGUAAAAGAGCUUGCGGGAGAACCUGAGUUUCGACGUCCGCCGAAUGCUUCGCAACCACCGCAACUGCCUGCUCGCAUAUCUACGUCACAAAUACCCGUGCCGAUAUUGCCUUCUAUCGAGAAACCGCUGGAUGGGUUUACGCUUAAUGGCAAUGACCACCGCGAUGAAGAGGAAGUGGAGCAAGAUGCCGACGAGGAUAUAGUCAUGUCCGAAGAUGCUGUCCCUCCACCUGCUCAGACGCCUCCGCCCCGACUCCCACCUAAGAAGAAGCCACCGAUCACGCCGCAACAAUUGCGAACGAGACAGAAAGCUACACAGUGGCAGUCAGGAAAGAGCUAUGAAUUCAAGAAGGAAGGUUCUCCAUUACAAGCUAAGAGCCGCUGGUUCGGUCAACGAUCAAGACCAUAUCUGCCUGCCGCCGAUCGGCGUCGCAUCGCAACGGGGGUAGGUAGUGGGCAAAUGCUCCCUCUACGACUCGGCGAACUGAGUCAACCGAGUGUGUACCAUGUAGACUUCAGCGAUGAGGAAGUGAGAUAUCUUCAGCGACUUGCAAGAUCUCUACAUGGUAGACCACUCCAAAAGGCAGAAAGAUUGGCUAUCCGGGACCUACGCCAUCUCCUGAAAAAGUCUAAAAACAUGCAAGCUCGCAUUGUUGAUGUUCAUCGGCAAGGUUAUGACGAUUUUGAACACCCGCCUUCUUCUAUAUUGAAGCGUUCUGCAGAGGAUAUCCAUAAUUUCUUAGAUGAUAUACUGCAGAAACAGGUUGACGCCGAACCUAAGUCGUUUUACUUAGAACGAGACGAUAGUGAUGCUCGUGGUGGUGCACCGAAGAAGGAUAUAGUGCCAGAGUUGCUAUUCGCAAGGGAGAUUGUUGGUCAACGAUUAGGAGUUACUCGUCGUUACCAAAACUUCAAUACGGCGUUUAGGAGUAAUAGAGAGGAUCAUAUGGAGCCGAGAGUUGAGUGGACAAACUGUGCCGGGGAUAUUAUGACUAUCAGCUGGCUUUCAGAUGCGACCCGCUUCGUCUGUGGCACCACUACGCAUUCUGAUUCUCAUAAUCAGCAAUACAACAAACCUGGAAACCUUUUAUUCGGCGAUGCGGCAUCUAACACCCUAAGAGCGUAUCCUGACCACCGAAUCCCCCGCCCUAUCGUCGAACACGGCGAUAACGCCUUAGCAUCGAUGAGGGAGAGUCAAGAUCCUUGGCUUUUUACUUCAGUGGUAUCAUCGGACUAUGAUCCCGUCCAUGAUUUUGUGUUCACUUCGAGCUUUGAUAAUACGGUCAAAGUCUGGCAUUCGCGUGAUGGCGCCAUGGCGCUGCAUGAGACAUGGCAUCAUGACGGAAGGGUCAAUUUCGUCGUGGCGAAUAAGAAUAUACACGGUAGUAAAGUAGCGACUGCUGCUGAUAUUUCUACGAGAGCAGUGCGGGUCUAUCGUGCUACUCUUGACGGGCCAACUCGUCCUUCACAAGACUAUGCUUAUGAUGAGUUCUCUUGUAAACGAGUCCACGGCGAAGAUUAUGUGCCUUCGGAUAAGUGGGCUUACUUCCCGUCUGCGAUUCGCUGGGGGCUAGAACCUAGUGUGAACCAUCUUCUCUUAAUCGGCUACUCUCCGCGAAGUCUCAACGGCGACGACAAUGAGAUCCCUGAGGACAAGCGCGAUACCGGCGAGCUUUGUCUCUGGGAUACAAACACGAACACCGAGGUCAAAGUCAACAGUGCGGCGACUGCGAAUGUAUUUGAGGUUGUGUGGCAUCCCAGUCGGCCGAGUUUCGCUGCUGCUACUUCGGCGUCACAGACUUCGGAGAAGAUUGAGGAGCACAUUCGAACCCAGAUCCGUAUUUUCGAGCUGAAUGAGAUGACGGGCCAGUAUGGCGUGGUGAAGACACUGGAUUGCCCUGCUAUUGAUAUUAAUGAGCUUGCUAUUAGGCCCAAUAGCACUCUAUAUUCUUACAUUGCCGCUGGCUGUACCGACGGCCGAGUUUACGUUUGGGAUUCUGCGGGUAGUGAUGAUCCCAUGUGCGUUUUGGAGCACGGCGAUCCAGUAGAGGAAUUUAUUGGAGAUCGAGAACAUGAGGAUGUAGGUGUCAAAUUCAUAGCCUGGGCUACAACUGUGGACCGACUAUACACCGGAUCAUCGGAUGGAGUUGUCAAAGUAUGGAACAUACGACACGGAAAGGGGGUCUUAAUCAGGGAUAUUAUCGAGGUACCUGGCCCCAUCACAGUCGGCGCUUUCUCACCAGACUUCAAGAGACUACUCAUUGGAGAUGGCAGUGGGCGAGUAUUUCUAAUGGAUAUCGAUGGUGACGACGAUGAGACGGACCAGAAAAGCUCAGCCGCCGUAUCAUCCGGCUUCUUACGACUGCAACUAAACGGAAAGCAACGUGCUAUCCGAAGACCCCGUCCGUUCAUACCUCACGAGGAAGUCCCCCCACCGGGUCAUAAUGGAUUACCUAAAUACCAGGCUGGACAGGAGCAAGCCCGAGAAUACUUAAACUCAUCACAGAUCAUACUUCGUCCCGACCCCACCAUCGGCGCCGUCCAGGGGUUUAUGUACUUCGAAACGGGCCUCUACCGCGCGGAAGCCCAUCUUAAUGGAGACCCACAGGAGCCGCUUCUAGGCGGUUUCGAGGCUCACCAACGUAUCAACCAAACUUUCUCGCGAUCAUCGAGAGUGCUUAAGCAAGAUAAUGAUAAGAUCAAGAAACUACCGGCCCAGUGGGAUAAACAAGUUCAUAAGCGCAACACAAGGCUAAGUUUAGAUGUUGAGGCCCUAGAUCUGGCGACGUUCAGCGCGCUUAUGGCCGAGGGCGCGGAGUUGCAGGCGUCGCCGCUUGAUCUGGACUAUGAGUCGAGUUAUUAUGAGGAGGAUUAGUGAUUAGUGUAUCAAUACAUCGCAUCAAUUAGGGGCGUAUGAGAGGGAGAGAGAGCAGAGCAUAGUUUAAAAACUUCCUGAGCAGAGUCCUGCCGAUGGAGUAAUAAAUGACAUUUUUACAUAAG